AAACCACACACUCAUGUCUAAUAUAGGCUUACAAGUAAGAAAGGCAGUUCCGUCUAUUGACCCCGUGGUAGCAGACUACGCGGUAGGUUACAUCCAGCAUGUAUCGCAUGCUACCGAAGAUAUAGUUUUGAGUCAGCAGUUGGACAUCAGCGGUGAGCUUCAGUACGUGAAAGACCUCUUGAUCGAUGCGGGUGGUUCCACAAAAAAUGUCAGUGAUUUGACGGCAAAGGUCAUUGAAGAUUUGACUAAGAAGCUCAAGGACAACUUGGCCAAGCUCGAGAUCACAGGUGAUACCUCCAAACGGUUGUUGGACAUCAAUUUGCUCAAACAGAAUAACAGUAAGAGAGACAUCAACUCGUCACUCGCAUUGCUCAAUGCCACCAGUGACAUCGAGCAUGCAGGAAGACUGGUGGAGAGUAGAGUUGAUAUGAAGAAGUUGGAGAAGCAGGAGAGAAAGAUUGCAAAGAAGGUCGCAAAGCGAAACAACCAAUUUGUCAAAUAUGAAGCUUCUAAGUUAUUGAAUGAGAAGAAAGAUGAAGACUACGACUCGUUUUUCCUCGAAAUCAACCCUUUGGAAUUCGGCUCCAGUGCCGGUAAGUCCAAGGACAUCAAGCUUGAAAACUUUGAUUUAUAUGUGGGAGAUGCUAAGAGAAUUUUGAGUGAUGCCACUCUCACGUUGAGUUAUGGAAGGCGAUAUGGGUUGGUGGGGCAGAAUGGUAUUGGUAAGUCUACACUUUUGAAAGCCUUGUCAAGAAGAGAGUUGAACAUCCCCAAACACAUCACCAUCUUGCACGUUGAACAAGAAAUCCGUGGUGAUGAUACGCCUGCUAUUCAGAGUGUAUUGGAUGCUGAUGUGUGGAGAAAGACCUUAUUGCAAGAAGAGGCCAAGAUCAACGAAAGAAUCGCCGAAAUCGAGAAGCUUAAAAGUGAAUUUGACGAAGAGAGUCAGGAAGUUAAGAAGUUGGAUAACGAGAGAGAUGACUUGGAAACCCAUUUGUUGGGAAUUACUGAAAAAUUGGAGGAUAUGGAAAGUGACAAAGCCGAAAGUAAGGCUGCUGCCAUCUUGCACGGGUUGGGAUUCACUAUUAAGACCCAAAACUUACCUACCAAGCAGUUUUCUGGUGGUUGGAGAAUGAGAUUAUCGUUGGCCAGAGCUCUUUUCUGUCAACCAGAUUUGUUAUUAUUAGAUGAACCUUCCAAUAUGUUGGAUGUUCCAUCCAUUACGUAUUUGGCCAACUACUUACAAACCUACCAGUCCACUGUGUUGGUUGUGUCGCAUGAUAGAUCAUUUUUGAACGAAGUUGCAACCGAUAUAAUACACCAGCACUCUGAAAGAUUGGACUACUACAGAGGAGCCAAUUUUGACUCUUUCUAUGCCACAAGAGAAGAGAGAAUCAAGACUCAAAGAAGAGAAUACGAAGCCCAGAUGGCACAUCGUGAACAUUUACAGAGCUUUAUUGACCGGUUCAGAUAUAAUGCUGCCAGAGCUGCUGAAGCACAAUCUCGUAUCAAGAAGUUGGAAAAGUUGCCUGUAUUGGAGCCUCCUGAAGACGAAAAAGCCAUCACUUUCAAGUUUUCAGAACCCGAUUCCAUUUCUCCCCCCAUUUUACAGUUGUCGGGUGUGACUUUUGGAUACAACCCAGAUGAUAUACUCCUUGAAAAUGUCGAUUUGGACGUUCAAUUGGACUCCAGAAUUGCCGUGGUUGGUGGUAACGGUACCGGUAAAACCACUCUUUUGAAGUUAAUUUUGGGUCAGCUCGAGGCCAUUAAAGGUUUUGUGAAUAAGAAUGGAAGAUUAAGAAUUGGGUACUUUGCCCAACAUCAUGUGGACUCCAUAGACUUGACAUUAAGUGCAGUGAGUUGGAUGUCCAAGACGUUUCCUGGAAGAUCUGAUGAAGAGUACAGAAGACAUCUUGGUUCGUUUGGUAUCACCGGGUCUUUGGGUUUGCAGCAAAUGGAAUUGUUGUCUGGAGGUCAAAAAUCGCGGGUGGCAUUUGCAGCCUUAUGUUUGAACCAGCCUCAUAUUUUGAUUCUUGAUGAACCUUCGAAUCACUUGGAUACCCAAGGUUUGGAUGCGUUGGCCGAUGCCUUGAUUGCCUUCAAAGGUGGUGUGUUGAUGGUUUCCCAUGAUGUAUCUAUCAUUGACAGAGUGUGCAGUGAGAUUUGGGUAACCGAAAAUCAAAGCGUCACUAAAUUCAGAGGAUCCAUCAACGACUACAAGAAGGCCAUAUUGAAGCAGGCCGAUAAAUCCGGGGUUGUAAGACAGCAUUAGUAUAAUUUAUAAGCAUAUAUUUCCCCAAA